GCGGCGGCGCCCGUUGCUAGGCAGCGACUCCGGGCCUGGCGGCGAGGAUGAAGCCCAAGAAGAGUAAAGUCGGGCCGGCCCGGCCCGGGGCCGUCCGUCGUCGGAAGGCUCUCAGCGAUAUCUCCCCUUCUACCAGUUUACCACCUCUUGUGGAAGGACAGCUGCGCUGCUUCCUCAAACUGACCGUCAGCAAAAUCGUAUGGAUGGUCGCCAAGCCGCCAGCAUCCUCCCUCGUCCGGGUGAGAUGGUGGGGAGAAACCAGCAACGGUACCGUCUUCGUCCCCCAGGAUGCUUCCCAGCCGGAGCAGAAAAUUCUAAACACCACCACCUGCUACCCGGUGCGAUGUGGGCCCAAACAAUUCGCUUCCUACCUGACAGAUAUGGGGGCGCUUAUCCUGGAAAUCAUGACCAAAUCCGAUCAUCUUCCAAUCGGGCGGGUUCAAAUCAAGGGGCUGGCCCUGCUCUCCCCCAGCCACCCCAUCAGCGGGUUUUUCCCCAUCGUUUCGCCGGCGUCCGAAAAGAUGGGAGAGCUGCAGAUAUCCCUGCUUCUGGAACCUCUCUCCGACGUGUACGAAACCAACCUCACCGUCCACAAUACACAUACGAACAAAGAUGCUGCAGAUUUGAGCCACUCCCUCGCUCCGUCUCAUCCCCACAGGCCAACUGGCACGCACGUUCACGGAAGAGAGUCUGUGGGCAGCAGCAGAGCGAGUACUCCAAGAGGGAAAGACCACUUAUAUUUCCAGGAGAACGCGGAGAAUAUCCAAAGAAGCCUUGAUGGAUCUCACCCACACCUGGAUUACAUCUUGAACGCCAAGGAUCCCAAGCCACAAAAGAUAGUUUCGAACCACUCCGAUCAAGAGGCGCCAAUUAAGUCAGACAAGGAGGCCACACGGCCUCUCCAUGUUCUUUCUUGCAACAGCCCAGCCACAAAGGAUCUACUUGCAGACCUUUUGGAUCGAGGGAACCGGUUGCGAAACGCUAUGGCUGUGUCCGUCAUGACAUCGAAUCCGGAUCCCGCCAUCGAACGGUAUGAGGCUCAACCUCCCGUCAAGCAGGAUCUCUCCCGACGAGCCGGAAAACCUCUGAGGAAUCCUGGCCUUAUGUGUGAAGACGCUCAUCAAUCAUGGCGCGAAUGUUCCGAAUUUGAUUUGGAUGCUGAAAAGAAAGCGGUUGAGCUUCUGCUGGGCAGUUCUGAUUUAUCUCCGGAUCAUCUCGUGGACGGGGCAGGCUCCCCUCCCGAAUCCCUUUCCCCUUCGAGUCACUUGUACGACAGUGAAUUGAAUGACCCACACUACGACCAGAGUCUCUUGGAAAAUUUGUUCUACGCAGCUCAGAAACGGGACAGCAGCUUCAGUGAUACUUUUAGUGACGAGGAGGAGGAGGCGGCUGGAAAACUACGCCAGCCUCAGGGCCCAAAACCUCAGAGGUCACCAAAGGAUUUGGAGUCAAGUCCUCACAGGCGGCAAAAGAAGGCCUUGGAGACAAAAGCCAGCCGUUCCCCCGCUAAGCCCCUCCCUGGGGAGCCAUUCCCAGAGUCCGCCGAUGAAACCCACGCUGUCAGUUUGAGCCUUGACAGGCUGGCCACGCUGGGUCGGAUCCGCUUGGCCAGAGUGGUGAUUGAGACCCUAAGAGGGGUGCCCCCCGAGGACAGCGCUCAGAGUACCCCCAAUCAGAAGAGCCCUGGUGGGAAACCCCCCAGGCCAGCUGUGCCUAAGAAGAGGACUUUCUUUGUCGAAUAUCACUUUCCAGUAGGAAUGUCAAAGAACGGGAUCGGCCAGAUGGCCAUAACUACGGAAAUUGUUCGCGUUGCUUCGAGUCGGUUCUCAGCAGGCGGGGUGAAGUUUCAGCAACGUUACGCCUUCCCUGUCCACUUCUGUGGCUCCAUGAUCACCCAUUGGUGGAAGUCGCACCUCGACUUUAACGUGUUUUUGAAAAAAGGCACCCAGAGGAAGCCAGUGCUGAUUGGCACAGCAGCCUUUCCCCUGCGCGACGUCCUUCGGUCCGAGGAUUUAUUCGUCAGCCGUGAACUGCCAGUGAAAGAAGACAGCGUCCCGGGCCCAUUAGGGCCUUUACAGGUGUCCGUGGAACUUGUAGCGGCUAAAGAUGUCCCCAACAUCAAAGCGAGCAGCGUGUCCCCAAGAGCCCCCGCCGGCUCCAUCAAGACCCACCGUGCGAUUUUUCAGGAUGCUGAAAGGAGCCCCCCCUGUUCCGCCCGAAGCCCUCAAAGCCACCGCGAAGCCCCAGUGAGAAGCGAAGCUCCCUUGCCUCCGGCUCUUCAGAGGUCCCCCAAGGACGGGGGCCAGCCCGUCUCCCGCAACCUCCUGUCCCAGAUGAGCGCCUGCUCGGACGAGGAAGGGAUGCUGCUCCACGUCCUUUUGAUGGUCUCGGAGGGGCAGAUGGCGCUCCCUCCCAACGGUGGGCUGGACGGCUCUUGCAACCUGUACUUGGUCUGCAAGCUCUUCAGCACCGAAGAAGCCACGAGAUCUCCCGUCGCGUGGGGGACCCCGCAGCCCACGUUCCAUUUUUCUCAGAUCACUCCGGUUGCGUUGACAUCGAAACAUCUGGAGCGUCUGAAGAAUAACCUGAUGGUGAUCGAGGUGUGGAAUAAGGUACUCAGCCCCGGAGGGGACCGGCUGCUGGGACUGGCCAAGCUUCCCCUCCAUCAGUUCUACGUUUCGUUCAAAGACCCCAAGGUGUCCAGCCUGCUGCUCCAGGCUCAGUAUCCGGUGCUGGCGGUGGACGGCCCCGUGCCGGUGGUCGAUGUCUUCUCCGGCCAAAAGAACGGCACCCUGAAGACCAUCUUAGCCAUGGGCUCGGCUGACCAGGUGUUGGCGCUGCAGAGGGUCAAGAAGGAAGCAGGGCUGGCAUCUCCGGCUGUGCUUCGCCCACCACACGCUUUGGAUCCCCUCCCUGCAUCCUCCCCUGAGCUGUCAGGAAAGGGAAAGGAAGGCUUGGUGGAACAUACCUUUGAGAUCCACAUCGAGGGGGUCCAAGGCCUGACGCCCCUCCAGUCCACCGUCUGGGGAGAAGCGGACUGUUACGUCCAGUACCACUUCCCGGUUCAGAAAUCGGAAUCCGAGACCCUCCGUGAUGCGGAGUUAAGCGAGAAGGCCCUUGAGUUGAAGCCUUUCCGCACGUCCACCACUUUGUGCGUUCCCGAUCCCACCUUCCGCGAUGAGCACCAUCACUCUCUACUGGUCCCAGCUGACGUCCCAGUUCAGCGGCUGCUAGUCCGGGCUUUCUCGGCCCAGAGCUUAGCGGGAGAAGGAGGAGGGAUUCACUUCGAAAUCUGGUGCAGGUACUACUACCCGAAUGUCCGAGAUCAGAUGGUUGCUAGGGCGAGCUUGCCCCUCUCCCGCCUUUGUGCCAUGGUCACCAUGCAGCAUCGUCAGGAAGUGGGCAUCCAGACUUUCCAGCUGCCUCUCACGCCAAGAAUCGGCGAGCUCCACCCUCGGUCCUCAGGUUUGUUCCAAGUGAGCGUAAAGUACCGACGCAGCCUGAAAAUAGCGGAAAAUGGGCUAGCGGCUCAGGCCGUCCCCAUCUCCGUCCAAAUCCACGCAGCGGCUGGCUUGCAAGCAGCGGCCAGGGCGCUGGCCGAAAAGCACCCUCCGUUCCGCUACAGUGCGGAAAUUGGCCUCAACACCUACGUCUCGAUCCACCUCCCCUUCCUUCCUGGGGCCGAGCCACGCAGGACACGGACCGUGGCUCGCUCGUUCUGCCCCGCCUUUGACCAUCACGUGGAACUGCCCUGCCGCCUCGUGGUCCAGAGGAGCAGCGGAGAAGCCUGCUGCCUCGGGGAACUCCUGCAGCGAUCGGAGGUGGUUUUCCACCUCUAUCACCAGCCCCUCAACUCAGCUCCAAGGGAAGCUCCAAAAGAUUGCCUGCUGGGAACGGUGAGGGUCCCUACCAGAGACCUGCUGAUUCGGAGAUCAGGCCUUAGAGGUUGGUAUCCCGUCAUUCUCCCGGAGGACCUCUUGGCAUCGCAGCUCGCCGACAUCACGCAGAGCAUCGUGGGAGGUUUGGAGAUUUCGGUCGCCUUUGUUCUCCCCGCGGAUCGGGAGCGUGUUCUGGAGAUGGCCAACCAUGUAGGGUGGGACUGGAAGGACACCUACUCCGAGGAUCCGUGGGAGGAUAGUGAGAGUGAAGAGCAGACCUCUUCGGCACCGCUCCGUGUGACUGUUUCCACCCCUCGGCUGUGGCUACCGCUACAGAGCAUGCUACUCGCAGGAGAAGCGCACUUAAACAAAAGCGUCUACUUCUAUCUCCGCUACAAGCUCUACGACCAGGAAGCCACUUGGUCUUCCCUUCGGAGGCCAAAGUUGACGGAAGGAGACACACGCGGGAUGGUGAUCUUUAAGAAACCCAACCGGACAGAUCUCCACUCGAGUCCGACCUUGCUCUGGUACUUCAGGGAAGAGAAACUGGAACUCCAGGUGUGGCGUGCAUACGGCAAAGAUGGCGAUGCGGAAAGACCGCUGGAUACCGACCGCUUGAUCGGAUCCGCCUACGUGGACCUGGCACCGCUGGCGGAGAGCUCACGAAAGAAGAAAACGGUCAGCGGUGUCUUUCCCUUGUUCCGACGCAAUGCAGCCAACCUGGGGGGAGCCGCCCUGCGCAUUCACAUUGCGGUGGCUCCUGCUGGUCCACGUGGAGAGCCUGGGAAUGCUGAAGACGACAGGGACAGCAGCAGCAGUGUUGAAGAAGAGACAAAGGCAGCAGAGAAGGAAUUGGGAGCCCGCUCGGAAGCAAAUCCUCCCGUCGACGAAGCCCCCCAGGAGAAACCUGCUGCCCAUGGCCUGGAGAACACGUUCGCUGUGAGCGUUCUCGUGGAAAGAGCCAUGCACCUAAGCUUAAAAGGGAGUCCUCUCGCAGAGCGGGGAGCAACAUCGCCCUGUAGCUACGUGACUUUCGUGGCCACUGAUGUGGAUCAUCCUAUCACCACCGCAACAGUAGAAAACACAGAUUCCCCUGUUUGGGAUUUUCAGCAGCAGACAAGACUCUCCAAGGAACUCCUGCUGGAUUCCCAGAAAACUCUGGUCUUCAAAAUAUGGCAUAAAGCAGACGUCGAACGAGUGAUAGGAUUUGCCUCCGUGGACCUCUCCCCACUGCUCUCCGGCUUCCAGUACGUCUGCGGCUGGUACGACAUCACCGACCUGAGCGGUCAGUGCCGAGGCCAGGUCAAAGUCGCCAUCUCCCCGCUCGAAAACAUCACUCACCUGAAAGAAGAAAGGAAGGCGAGGAACUGCCAGGCAAGGGACACAAAUCCUUCCUUCUCAUCCUUCUCCAUCAGAGGCACCCCCAGAUUUUCAGGUUCUCCGUGGAAGAGCCCGGAAGCUUCCAGCUAUGCGAGGGCUGGCUCCCGUUACCAAGAGCAUGUGCAAAACGUCCGUCGGUUCCACAGGUCGUUGCAGCAAGCGGAGGAGGAGGAGACGGAGCAAGCGGAAACCCUCGGUUCCCUUUCAUCCAACACCUCCCUCUUCAGAGCUCUCAGGUGA